AGAGCGAGCGAGGGAGAGAAGAAUCGAGAGAGGGAGACACAGGGGGGAGAGCGAGAGAGAGAGAGAGAAGGAAGGGAGAGCGGCGGUGGAGAGUGGGGGAGUCGGGCUGCCGGUGGCGAGGCCGCCUCUUCCUUCAGUCACGGAGCGCAGCGCCGACAUGUCCACUCUCACGAACGGCGCGCAGCUGCAUCACCAGCCGCUCGACGCCGAGCGGGACGGAGGAGGAGGUGGAGGAGGAGGUGGACCCAGGGACGCGCACCCGGGCGCCAUGAAACUGUUCGUGGGGCAGAUCCCGCGCCACCUGCACGAGCGCGACCUCGCUCCGCUCUUCGAGGAGUUCGGCCGCAUCCGCGAGCUGACGGUUCUCAAGGACCGCGUCACGGGCACGCACAAAGGCUGCGCCUUCCUCACGUACUGUGCGCGCGAAUCGGCGCUCAAGGCUCAGAGCGCCCUGCAUGAGCAGAAGACCCUGCCGGGGAUGACACGGCCUAUUCAGGUGAAACCAGCCGACUGCGAGAGCCGGGGAGCAGACAGGAAGCUGUUCGUGGGCAUGCUGGGAAAACAGCAGACCGAGGAGGACGUGGCACGGCUCUUCCAGCCGUUCGGCAACAUGGAGGAGUGCACGGUGCUGCGCGGACCGGACGGCGCCAGCAAGGGAUGUGCAUUUGUGAAGUUCUCUUCGCACGCCGAGGCCCAAUCGGCAAUCACCGCCCUGCACGGCAGCACCACCCUGCCGGGCGCCUCCUCGAGCCUGGUGGUUAAGUUUGCCGACUCGGAGCGCGAGCGCACGGUGCGGCGCAUGCAGCAGGUGGCCGGGCAGGUGGGCAUGCUGGCGCCCGUCGCCGUGCACCUGUCCCCCUACGCCGCGUACACGCAGGCGUUGAUGCACCAGCAGGCGGCGUUGAUGUCGGCGCUGGCGCACGGGGCGUACGUGACGCCAGUGGCGUUCGUGCCCGCGCCGGUGCCCGCGCACAUGCAGCACGGCGCCAGCCUGGGCCUCAACAUCCUGGGCACCAGCGCCCUGACGCCGUCGCCCGGAGGCAGCUCCCCCCCAGCCAUGGCAGCCCCCCCAGCCCCUCCUCUCCCGACCCCUAUGGGGGUCAACGGGUUCGCCCUGCCCCUCCCCCCUCCGUCCAGCGGGCAGGUGGUGGGGGAGCACGUGUACCCCAAUGGAUACCACCCCUACCCAGUCUCCAGUCCAAGUAAUUCGGACCCUAUGCAGCAGGCGUACGCGGGGAUGCACCAAUACACGGCGGCGUACCCGGCCGCGUACACCCCCGUGGGACAGAUGGUGCCGCCGCCGCAGCCGAUGGUGCUGCACCAGCGCGAGGGUGAGGGCCCCGAGGGAUGUAACCUCUUCAUCUACCACCUGCCGCAGGAGCUCGGGGACGUGGAGCUCACGCAGAUGUUCGCCGCUUUCGGGAACGUCAUCUCCUCCAAGGUGUUUGUGGACCGAGCUACCAACCAGAGCAAGUGCUUCGGUUUUGUGAGUUUUGACAACGCUGGCUCGGCGCAGGCCGCGAUCCAGGCCAUGAACGGCUUCCAGGUCGGCACCAAGCGGCUCAAGGUGCAGCUCAAACGGCCCAAGGACGCGAGCCGCCCCUACUGAUCGCCGCCACACCGCGUCGGCCGACGCAGGCCCGGUCUGGCCUCUUCGGCCUUGGCGAGGUGGUGGCGGUGGUCCGGGG